UCUACCCCUACCUCUACCCCUACCUCUACCCCUACCUCCACCCCUACCUCUACCCCUACCUCCACCCCUACCUCUACCUCUACCUCCACCCCUACCUCUACCCCUACCUCUACCCCUACCUCCACCCCUACCUCUACCCCUACCUCUACCCCUACCUCUACCCCUACCUCCACCCCCACCCCUACCUCCACGCCUACCUCUACCCCUACCUCCACCCCUACCUCCACCCCUACCUCUACCUCUACCUCCACGCCUACCUCUACCCCUACCUCCACCCCUACCUCCACCCCUACCUCUACCUCUACCUCCACCCCUACCUCCACGCCUACCUCUACCCCUACCUCCACGCCUACCUCUACCCCUACCUCUACCCCUACCUCUACCCCUACCUCUACCCCUACCUCCACCCCUACCUCUACCCCUACCUCCACCCCUACCUCUACCUCUACCUCCAACCCUACCUCUACCCCUACCUCUACCCCUACCUCCACCCCUACCUCUACCCCUACCUCUACCCCUACCUCUACCCCUACCUCCACCCCUACCUCCACCCCUACCUCUACCCCUACCUCCACCCCUACCUCUACCACGCCUACCUCUACCCCUACCUCCACCCCUACCUCCACCCCUACCUCUACCUCCACGCCUACCUCUACCCCUACCUCCACGCCUACCUCUACCCCUACCUCUACCCCUACCUCUACCCCUACCUCCACUCCUACCUCUACCCCUACCUCCACCCCUACCUCUACCCCUACCUCUACCCCUACCUCUACCCCUACCUCCACCCCUACCUCCACCCCUACCCCUACCUUCACCCCUACCUCCACGCCUACCUCUACCCCUACCUCCACCCCUACCUCCACCCCUACCUCUACCUCUACCUCCACGCCUACCUCUACCCCUACCUCCACCCCUACCUCCACCCCUACCUCUACCUCUACCUCCACGCCUACCUCUACCCCUACCUCCACCCCUACCUCCACCCCUACCUCUACCUCCACGCCUACCUCUACCCCUACCUCCACGCCUACCUCUACCCCUACCUCUACCCCUACCUCUACCCCUACCUCCACUCCUACCUCUACCCCUACCUCCACC